UUGGCAUUGAAUUUAAUUCAUUUCCCUCCUAAUUUCACUUCUUAUCUUCUUCCAAAAGCCAUUUUCAAUAAUUCAAACUCCACAAUCCCCUCAAAACGACAAUUAAAUCCCCACCGAAAUUAUUGUCGUUUUCUUCUCUUCUUACCAAAAACGACAAUCAUCACAAUCACAUUCACCGCCAAUCGCCAUGUCUUUCGUCGUCGACGACGACGACGAUUUCCAGGUCCCUUUAACCCGAUCAACCCCUACUCCCAAAAAUCUCACUCUCUCACAGAAGAAACCAUUGAAAGCUUCAAGCUUUACUACUCCACGGCCAUGGAAGAAACCUAAGCAAUUGAGCUCUGCAGCCUCAUCUUCUUCUUCUUUGCAUUUGGGGAUUCAGGAGAACGAGGGUUUUGAAUCGUUGGAUGGUGUGGAUUGUAGCUUGGAUUCGAUACCGUCUAGUUUUGAUUUCACAAACCCUAAAGUUAGUGACGAAGUUUUCGUUAAUGGCGGUGAGAAAGAAGAAUUGUUGAAUAAAAUUGGGGGGGUUUCUUGUAAUUCGAUUGAGUCUAAGCUGAUUAAGUCUCGAGGUGAUUGUGGAGUUGGUAAUGUUGGGUGCAUUGAAGAAGAAGAAGAAGCAGAAGAAGAAGGGGAUCUUGAUGUUUUGCUCAAUUUACGUUCUGUACUUGAAGAUGGAGAUAGUAUCAAUGGUGGUGAUUCUCCUCAUCAUUCGGAAGGUGAUGGGUUAGUCGAUGAUGGGUAUGAUGGAGUUUCUGUGGCUUGUCCUCUUUGUGGAGUUGAUAUUUCGGAUUUGAGUGAAGAACAAAGACUUGUUCAUACCAAUGAGUGUCUCGACAAAGAAGAUGCUUUAGCUCAAAAUGGCGGGGAGCCUCCAAAUGAUGCUCAAGAUCAAAAUGUUGUUCUUCGUGGUAAGGAUGGUGAGCCUCAAGUGUCUAGGAAAUGUGCUGGUGUUUCUGCCGUUUUGGAGUGGCUGCGCGGUCUUGGUUUGGCGAAAUAUGAAGAUGUUUUUGUUCGAGAAGAGAUUGAUUGGGAUACUCUGCAAUGGCUGACUGAAGAGGAUCUCUUAAGCAUAGGCAUCACAACACUUGGUCCUAGGAAGAAGAUUGUUCUUGCUCUCUCUCAACUUAGAAAAGGAAAUGGUCAAGCAAGUGAAGAACAUAGAAGUACAACUUUCCAGGUCCCUGUUGAACCCGAAAAGAGCACUAGUGGAUUUGAGAUGCCCAACGAUGUAUCUGAGCGGGUAACUGAUAGUGCUAGUAAAAUUGCUGCUAACAAGUUGAUUACAGAUUAUUUUCCAGGAUCUUCCACUGAUAGGAAGAAAGUACGCAGCAUCUCCAAAGAUCAGAGCAUGGUGGCAAAGAGAUCCACUGGUUCUGGUAGUAAACAAGUUACUGCGAAGAAAAAUGUUAGGAAAGGAAAACUCAAGAAUCCUCCAUCUUGGUGUUGUGUUCCGGGAACCCCAUUUCAAGUGGAUGCUUUUCAAUAUCUUAGAGGGGAUUGUUCACAUUGGUUUCUCACUCAUUUCCAUAUGGAUCAUUACCAAGGUCUAACGAAAUCCUUCUGUCAUGGGAAGAUUUAUUGCUCUUUAAUCACAGCUACCCUUGUAAAUAUGAAGAUUGGGAUUCCAUGGGACAGAUUACAAGUCUUACCCCUCAACCAAAAGAUCAACAUUGUUGGUGUUGAUGUGACCUGUGUGGAUGCAAACCAUUGUCCUGGUGCCAUAAUAUUACUUUUUGAACCACCCAACGGUAAGGCUGUUUUACACACUGGAGACUUUCGCUUUAGUGGGGACAAAGACAUUAUGUCUCUUGUACGGACAUGUCCUAUUCAUACACUCAUACUGGAUACAACUUAUUGUAAUUCUCAGUAUGACUUUCCAAAGCAGGAAACGGUAAUACAAUUUGUCCUUGAUGCCAUUCAAGCUGAAACCUUUAACCCCAAAACUCUUUUCCUAAUUGGCAGCUACACAAUUGGUAAGGAACGGCUGUUCUUGGAGGUUGCUCGUGUGCUACGUAAAAAGAUUUACAUCACCACAGCGAAGCUACGUAUUUUAAAAUGUUUGGGGCUACCUAAGGAAGAUAUGCAAUGGUUUACACCAAACGAAAAAGAAAGCCAGAUUCAUGUUGUUCCUAUGUGGACAAUUGCGAGCUUCAAACGACUUAAGCAUGUCGCCAAUCAGUAUGCAGGUAGAUUCAAUCUUAUAGUUGCUUUUUCUCCAACUGGCUGGUCAUUUGGUAAAGGAAAGAAGAAUUCUCCAGGGAGAAAGUGGCAGCAGGGAACAAUAAUAAGGUAUGAAGUGCCAUACAGUGAGCAUAGCAGCUUCUCUGAACUUAGAGAGUUUGUGAAGAUUGUAUCUCCAGUAAACAUAAUACCUAGUGUGAAUAAUGAGGGACCUGAUUCUGCCAAUGCCAUGGUUAACCUCUUAGUCUCUUAAUCUGUAUCCACACACACACACACCAUUAUAAAGCUAGUUUAUUUAAUACAUACUUCAAACAAACAUGUCUUGUAUUAUUGUAAUAAUAAAAACUUUUUCAUAAAAUGAAUUGUAUAUUAAUACAUCAAACUGAUCCAUUCUCCCUUA